AGGAUCAUAUAAGCUUUAUAAGCAGCCCCUUCAAACAGGAAUAUCAGAGAAAGACAAACAAAGAACAAAAGUGUUCAAGUGAAGCUGAAUUCAUCCAAGCAACAUGGAGUACACGUUCAGAGCCGUAACUCACAGCCCUGGGAUUAUAAUCUGGAGAAUCGAGAAAAUGGAGCUGGUGCAAGUCCCUGAGAAAUCUCAUGGAAACUUUUAUGAGGGUGACUGCUACGUACUUCUAUUUACGCAGAAGUUCAGCAGCUCUCUGUCUUAUGAUAUUCACUACUGGAUCGGCUCACAGUCCUCUCAGGAUGAACAGGGGGCGGCUGCUGUUUACACCAUACAACUUGAUGAAUUUUUGGGCUCAACUCCGGUCCAGCAUCGUGAGGUUCAGAACCACGAGUCAGGUGCCUUCAGGGGAUACUUCAAACAAGGAAUAAUCUAUAAGAAAGGAGGAGUUGCAUCAGGUAUGAGACACACUGAAACCAACACCUAUGAUGUCAAGAGGCUGCUUCAUGUCAAAGGGAAGAAAAGAGUGAUUGCCAAGGAGGUGGAGAUGAGCUGGAAGAGCUUCAACCUUGGAGAUGUGUUUUUGUUGGACAUCGGGAAGACUAUUGUUCAGUGGAACGGGCCAAAGAGUAACAAACAGGAAAAGCUUAAAGGCAUGUUGUUGGCCAAAGACAUCCGAGACAGAGAGAGAGGCGGUCGGGCAGAGAUCAGAGUGGUCGAGGGUGAGGCAGAGAGCAACUCUCUUCACAGCAUGGGGAUCCUGAAUGAUGUUCUUGGUGAAAGAACCUUCACGCUGACAGACGGAUCUCCUGAUGAAACCGUUGACCUGGAACAGAAGUCAAAGCUCACACUUUACCACGUGUCAGAUGCUGAUGGCAAGAUGAAGGUCACAGAAGUUGCUACCAGACCACUGGUUCAGGAUCUGCUCAACCAUGAUGACUGCUACUUCCUGGACCAGGGAGGGACGAAGAUCUAUGUAUGGAAGGGGAAGAAAGCAAACAAAGCUGAGAGACAGGCUGCUAUGGGCAGAGCUUUGGAAUUCAUCAAAGCAAAAAACUACCCCAUCACUACCAAUGUGGAGACGGUGAAUGACGGGGCGGAGUCAGCUCUUUUCAAGCAGCUGUUCCAGAGGUGGACAGUAAAGGACCAGACUCAAGGAAUGGGCAAAAAGCACACAAGAGGGAAAGUGGCUCACAUCACACAGGAGAAAUUUGAUGCCACUCUGAUGCACACGAUGCCAGAAGUUGCUGCACAGGAGCGAAUGGUGGACAAUGGCACAGGUCAAGUGGAGGUGUGGAGGAUUGAGGAUCUGGAGCUUGUGCCCGUGGACCCUCAAUGGCACGGAUACUUCUAUGGAGGAGACUGCUACUUGAUCCUCUACACUUACUUGGUUAACAACAAGCAGUGUUACCUGCUCUACAUAUGGCAGGGGCGUCAUGCAACACAGGAUGAACUGGCAGCCUCGGCAUUUCAGGCCGUGGACUUGGAUCAGAAGUACGGUGGUGAGCCAGUCCAAGUGAGAAUAACCAUGGGCAAAGAACCAAGACACUUUAUGGCGAUUUUCAAGGGUAAAAUGGUCAUCUUUGAGGGGGGCACGUCUAGAAAAGGAUCUUCUGACCCAGAGCCUCCGAUAAGAUUGUUCCAGGUCCACGGCUCCGACCCAUCCAACACAAAAGCCAUUGAGGCUCCGGCGCUGGCCACGUCUCUGAACUCCAAUGAUGUGUUUUUACUAAAGAGCCAAUCAGGAAUUUAUCUGUGGUACGGAAAGGGAUCAAAUGGAGAUGAGAGGGCCAUGGCGAAGGAGGCCAGCUCUGUGAUUGGCCAAAAUGGAUCAGAGGAGAUUGUGGCAGAGGGUCAGGAGUCCACUGAAUUCUGGGAGUUGCUUGGAGGCAAAGCUCCAUAUGCUAGUGGCAAGAGACUUCAGCAGAUGGUUUUAGACCACGAGCCACGUCUGUUUGAGUGCUCCAACAAGACAGGUCGAUUCAUCGUGACCGAGGUGGUUCAGUUCACACAGGACGACCUCAGUGAGGAGGAUGUCAUGUUACUGGACACGUGGGAUCAGGUGUUUCUCUGGAUUGGUAAAGAGGCCAAUGAGGUUGAGCGCAAAGAAGCAGUGGUUAUAAGCCAAGAGUACCUGUACACCCACCCAGGCGACAGAGAUCAAGACACCCCCAUCGUCAUGGUGAAGCAAGGGUUCGAGCCACCCACCUUCACUGGGUGGUUCACAGCCUGGGAUCCGUCCAUAUGGAGUGGAGGAAAGAGCUAUGAGGAGUUGAGGAAGGAGUUUGGAGAUGCAGCAUCAACUGUUAACGUCACAACUGAGCAGAACUCUGCUGAAAGGGAGAAAUACUUUCAGCCCUUUCCACCUGAAACUCUGGUCAACAAGCUCGCCAGUGAGCUGCCUGAAGGUGUUGACCCAACCCAGAAAGAGAAACACCUCAGUGACUCCGACUUCAGCAACACAUUUGGGAUCACCAAAGAUGAGUUUGCGCGCCUGCCACAGUGGAAACAGCUUAAAAUGAAGAAAGAAAAAGGGAUGUUUUGAUAUUUUUAUUAUUUCUUAAAGCCAUCUUGAAGUCUCUCUUUGUGUUCUCUCCCCUUAUUGACUUUCCACUUUCCAACUGAAUCUCUUUGUUAACCUAUUUGAGGGCAGGACUCAAUUUCUCUUCAUGCCCUGCAGAUACUGUGAUCCACAUAUUUGUCUCAAAUCACUGUAGUACAAGUCUAUACUUUGUAAUUUUUUAACCUGAUGUUAUACAAGGACACU